AUGGCACCUUUAAGGAUUCCGUCGAGUGAUUUUUUGAGUGAGGAUGCUACGUAUAAUUUUUCAACACAUGCUAGCCAGGAGCCGCGGCACCACUGGCGUCACCACAACCACUCACACAUGAGGGAGGGUCACAAGCACAGCGUGGUGGACAUUCUGUCUAACUCCAUCAUGGAGGCGAUGAACAGUAAAUUUGUUCCUGACAACAGCGUGCUGCCGGACCUAGAGCCGCUGUCGACGCACAUGGAGGGCGCCAUGGACCGGCACCAUCCUCUGAGGAUGAACGUCACGCUGAACCGGUCCGACCUGGAGAUGAUAUCUGACGAGUUCAUGUACCGACACGGGGGCGCGAUGACAGCAGUGUACUGCGCCGCGUACUUGCUUGUGUUUCUCGUGGGACUUAUCGGGAACUGUUUCGUGAUAGCUGUGGUGUAUCGCUCGCCGCGAAUGAGAACUGUUACCAACUUCUUUAUCGUGAACCUGGCAGUCGCUGAUAUCCUCGUCAUCGUGUUUUGUUUACCGGCCACUCUGAUGUCCAACAUAUUUGUCCCUCGACCAGAAUGUUUAGCUGAUCUUAACAAGUUAUAA